CCUGUUUGGCAAACAUGCGACCUGUUUGCUUUAUAAAGCCUGCAGCUCAGACAGAAAGAAAGUAAUAGCAGUGAAGCUGUGAAGGUUUGAUCUGUGUGUGUAAAAUGGCCAGUACUUCAAAGGACGAGUUGAUGUGUUCAGUAUGUCUGGAUGUCCUGAAGGAUCCAGUGACUGUUCCCUGUGGACACACUUACUGUAUGAGAUGUAUCACAGACUGCUGGGAUCAAGAGGAUCUGAGAGGAAUCUACAGAUGUCCUGAAUGCAGAAAGACCUUCAGUCCACGACCUGUUUUAUGGAAGAAUGUGGUGAUCGCUGAGAUGGUGGAGAAACUGAAGAAGACAAGAAUUGAAGUUAGUGGAGAUGUGAAGUGUGACGUCUGUACUGGAAGAAAACUCAAAGCCAUCAAAUCCUGUCUGAUGUGUCUGAACUCUUACUGUCAAACUCAUCUUGAUCAACAUGAGAAUUUCUUCAGAGAUAAAAGACACAACUUGAUAGAAGCCACCGGACGACUGCAGGAGAUGAUCUGCCCUCGACAUGAUAAAAUAAUUGAAAUGUACUGCCGAACUGACCAGCGAUGUAUUUGUAUGCUGUGUAUGGUGGAUGCACACAGAAAUCAUGAUACUGUAUCCAUAUCAACAGCAAGUGCAGAGAAACAGGUGAGAAUCAAAGAGACCAACAUCAAUACAAAUUUACGAGUUCACCUCACUGACAAUAAAGUGGGACAGUUAAUAUGCAUGUGUGGCGUGCUGUCCCGGGGCGAAGGUUUAGAGUUCGGGAAAUACCCCACGAAUUUGGAACGUUCGUCCCUUGACCGGGGAAGGAGCCCCGGGCUUGGGGCGUGCCCUGACCCGGGUUAUCCCCGUCAGUUAGGAGAAACAAAGAAGAAACUCCAUCAGAAGAUCCAGGAAAGAAAGAAAGAUCUUCAGAAGCUCAGAGAGACGGUGGAUUCUUAUAAGCGUUCUGCACAGACAGCAGUGCAGGACAGUGAGAUGAUGUUUACUGAACUGAUUCGAUCCAUCGAGAGACGUCACUCUGAGGUGACAAAGCUGAUCCGAGAUCAGGAGAAGACUGUAGUGAGUCGAGCUGAAGAAGUCUUGAAGCGAGUGAAGCAAGAGAUUGAAGAUUUAAAGAGGACAGACGAUGAGCUGAAGAAGCUUUCACAAACACAAGAUCAGAUUGAGUUUCUCAAGGUCCAUGAAACACAUGGAGAUAGGUUUCCAGUCUCUCUCUCUCUCUCUGAAUCUACAGAAAACUUCAAUAUCAUUCCUGACGUCUCUUUUGAUACUGUUGUGAACUCUAUCGCUCACUUCAGAGAGAAACUGCAGUGUUUCUGCAGAGAAGAGAUGGACAAGAUUUCGGGUGGAGAUCUGAAACUGCUCAGCUGA